AUGGAUAGCUCGCUUUGCUUCGUGUGCUCUAGGUGUGAGCACCCCAUUUGCUCACACGUGGAUAUUAUCACCAAGACUGUGAGCAACGGGACGACAGAACAUGCGUUUGUUUAUGAGAUGGAGGACUUGCUGAACAUGGACAGACCUGUUCCGUGUUACAGUGGUGAUGAAAUAUGUGAAACUCGAGUUCACGUUUCUGAAAAAAUUCUCAAUGUGCCGCUGCCACCAGCCGCCAGGUUGGUGGCACUAGAGGCCUUAGCAAACUCGCAGCGAGCUCGGGCCCUUGAGGUUGUCCCAUCGGGUCCUGUGACGGAUGCCGAUAACAGCUUGACAUCUGAGGUGGGACAUGUCACGACGGACAGCGGGCAAAACCCCCAAGGCAACCAUGAUGAGGAAGCUGACAACGUCGCUGGCAACAGUUUGGGGCAAAUUUCGCGGAUUGGUGGGCAGGGACGCUCAUCGCCGAGUUCCCCAACCAAUGGUUCCGGUGAUGUGUUAACACGAUCUCUUGCGCGUUUUUCCCGUACCAAGGAAACUCGUGUGGACCUCAUUUGUGUAAAGGAGGAUGUUCUCUCUGGCGGUCUUGCUCGAUGCACCACGGAUCGUAGCGCCGACACUCCUCCAGUGCCCUUAACAUCAUCAUUGGUUUCUGACGCCCCCGGAACCGCCUCUGUCGCUGCUGGUGGCGAGGAGAGUGGGGGAGCCAGUGCUUCACUAAUGCGUGGGACACAGAGUACCCUGGGAAUAGUGUCGCAAACGCCGACAGCCACGCGGUGGUUACGACACCCAGGAAACCUUAUUGUGGAAGAAGGCUUCGUUCAAGUCAGGCGCCGCACCAAAACGUCCCGCUGUCCGUGGUUUAACACUUAUAACUGUUCGGAGCGGCUGGAAUGUCCCGACUGCCACCUUGCGUUGGGAUACCUUUUUGUUGUUAAACCCACUACUCAAACCCAUUCGCACCACGCUCCCGCUCCUGGGCCGGAACCCACUGUGAUGGAGGAUGCAGAGGAAGGCAGCCCUGUGGGGACGCACCGGCUACAACAAAAAAGGGAGCGAAAUGAGGACCAGGAGGAAGUGGUGCUGACAGUAUCAGAGGAGACAACUGCUAGAGAGAACUCAUCCACGCAGGAGCAGAAGCAGCAGUGUGAAGGGAAAGGUGCUGAUGAGCCGUUCCCCACAACUUUUGUGGGUCUGGAGCUCAAGAAGAUACGGCAGCGUCACUGGGGUUUGCGCGACUUCCAGAAACGAUAUCAUCAGGCUAAAGACCUCAAAACGUUCCGACUGCUGUUUCCGGAAGCCGAGGAGUUGGAAAGUGUUUAUAGUCGUCUUGUGGCUCUGCGGACGCAAUCUGAGCUUUACGGCAAUCUCCUGCGUAAGCACAAGGAACAGAAUGAUGUACAAUAUGCACUUAUUGAGAGCCAGAAGGAACGGAUAAGCAGUUAUGAGGAGAAGCUUAAUACUAUGCAGCAAAUCAUUGAGGCUCAGAGAGCUCAACUUGACAUGCAGUGUAAGCAAAUAAAGCACCAGGAGGAGCUGCUACGCAAUCACAAAAGCCAGGUGGCAACGCAGCAGUAUCAGAUUCACGUCGAACAACUCCUGCGGAGUGAACAGAGCCGUACGAUUGAAUCACAGCGUGAACAACUAACACUCAUGCAGGCCCAUCUCCGGGCGCGUGUCAUGAAAGAGCAGCUGGAAGAGCGUUAUGGGCAGCUCAUUUCACUUCUUCAGCAUGUGGAUGAGCAGCAACAGCAACAGGAGUCGCCGACAUCUCCUAGCAGCACCCCUACGCCCUCCCCUAGUGCGCCUUCGCAGGGAACAUCGUGCCCAAUUUUGCCUCCGGCGCAUCUUGUGGGAGUCAUCGGGCGAGAUGUUCGUGAACAGUCACGUGUUUCCUCUGAAUAUAAUCGCAGUGAGGGGAGUCAUGGCGCACAGGAACGGUACCCCUCACGAGGGUCCACGCUGCCAACCUUGCUUGUGAACAGAAAUGUGCCUCACAAUGAGGGUGAGGCAACUGUGGAUAACGGGCCCAGUAACAAAUUCUCGGCAGGCAGGUCCGUCGCAUCAGGUGUUUCUGGCGGUAGGGAAAAAAACCACAUCCUUUAUGGUUGCAGUACGAGUGCUGCCGAGCAGGCGGUGGGAAGUGCAAGAAGAGCCCCGAGAGAGCGGGCCCAACUAAGCCCCGUCCAGGAGGCUUCGCCAAAUAGAAGUAACGCGAGUGGUAACUGUCCAAGGGGGUCCGUAAGCGACACGAGCACGAGUGGGGAACCGUGA